AUGGCCCUUCAUAGCUUUUUAUUAUGGUAAACUAUAUAAAAUAAAAUUUUAUAAUGUUUUAGAUAAUUGUUGUAUCUAGGCAGAAAAUUACCCAAUUGACGAUACCAUAAUUACCAUGAGUUACCAUCUCAUCGUAGAUAUCUUUUACCAUAACUAAACCAGUACGUGUAUAAUACACAGUUUUUAUACGUAUAAAUUUACAUAAUACACAAGCCUUUUCUUUCUUCGUGUGAGCUACCUAAAACCCCAAGCCUGAUCUUCCAUAUUUUGUUGGCUAUCUUUCCAUGCAUGUUUCAUAACAAUAUAUAAAUAUAAUUAUCACCUAAUUUGUUAGGAACCCUUUGAUAAAUCAAAAAAAAGUGUACGUAAGGUGUGUUCUUUAUAAUUAUCUUUGUUUCUUGAGUGACAAGUUAGGGUUUUAGUAUCGGAAUUAUGCAGAAAGAGAAUGGAUUACCGGCUGCGUGUGCUUCGUGCCGGCAUCAACGUAAGAAGUGCACGGAAAAUUGCAUACUAGCUCCUUAUUUUCCUCUUAAUAAAAACAAGGAAUUUCAGGCUGUGCAUAAGUUGUUUGGAGUUAGUAACGUGACAAAGAUUUUGAGUGGCUUAGAUGUGAGGGAUCGGAAGAGAGCGGUGGAUUCGCUUGUUUGGGAAGCUACUUGUCGACAGAAUGACCCGAUUCUUGGUUCUUUCGGAGAGUUUAGUAGAGUUUAUGAGGAAUUGGAGUGGUACAGAUACCAGUUUCGGAGCAAUUUUCAGACUGUUGCACCAGAGAAUAAUAUGAGUUUUUUGGAUAACAGAGGAUUUAAUACUAGUAGUAAUUCGGCAUUUAUGUCUUUGAAUAAGAACCGAAACUCGUCUUUAUAUUCUGGUUAUAAUAGUUAUGAGUCAUUCCAGUGCACGGAUAGAUUGAGGGAUGAAUUAAGUUAUAAUUGUUCAUCAGUACAAAAUACAGAGAGAUUUAAGGAAGAUAGUAACAAUAGUUCAGUGAUUCUGCCUCAGCAGUAUGGAGUUCAGCAUGCUGAGAAUUUCAAGGAAGAGAGGAAUAACAGUUCGAUGAUUGUGCCUCAACAAUAUACGAUGAGUACUACAUUUAAUCAGCCCUACUAUCAGUUAGCAGGUCCCAAGCACUGAUGCCAAGCCAUGAGACUGCAAUCUGUAAGGCAACUCAGCAUCAGGGUUCUUAGAUGGUAGAAUAUAUAUAGUUCAUUUUAUCAUAUUCGUUCAUAUGUUCAUA